AUGCUCAGCUCAUUGUCCAGGGUUUCGAGCCGCAAGGCCAUCUCGACCGUCUCAAGGCUUGCUAAGCCCACCGUUGCCCGUACUUUCAUGACCCCGACUGUUUCGCGGAGAGCCGACUUUGUUCAGGAGCUUUACCUCAAGGAGCUCAAGGCUUACAAGCCAACCCCCAUCAAGGAGUCGGACUCCCAGGGCCAGGUCGCCACCUUCAACCUGCCCCAGGCUCCCAAGUCGCCAGAGGAGACUGACCUGGCCGCCAGCCUCAAGGAGUACGAGUCCAUGGCCGUUGAGGUCGAGGGCAACGAGGCCGUCGCCGAGGGACAGUCCGCUGUCGUCGAGGACUGGCUCGUUGAGGACGAGGAGGACGUCGCCGCUGCCAAACACUAG